GCUCGCAGAGAGGGAGGGGAAAGCAGCGAGUUCCGGAGCUCUGUCUAGCCUAGCCCAACCUUUGCUCCUGAGAUCAUGGCUGCCGAGGAUGUGGUAGCGACGGGCGCCGACCUGAACGAACUGGAAGGCGGCGGGUUGCUGCACGAGAUUUUCACGUCGCCGCUCAACCUGCUGCUGCUUGGCCUCUGCAUCUUCCUGCUCUACAAGAUCGUGCGCGGGGACCAGCCCGGGAACAGCGACGGCGACGACGACGAGCCGCCCCCGCUGCCCCGCCUUAAGCGACGCGACUUCACCCCUGCUGAGCUGCGGCGUUUCGACGGCGUCCAGGACCCGCGUAUACUCAUGGCCAUCAACGGCAAGGUGUUCGACGUGACCAAGGGCCGCAAGUUCUAUGGACCCGAGGGGCCAUAUGGGGUCUUUGCCGGAAGAGACGCUUCCAGGGGCCUUGCCACAUUUUGCCUGGAUAAGGAAGCCCUGAAGGAUGAGUAUGAUGACUUGUCUGACCUCACUGCCUCUCAGCGGGAGACCCUGAGUGACUGGGACUCGCAGUUCACUUUCAAGUAUCACCUUGUGGGCAAACUGCUGAAGGAGGGAGAGGAGCCCACGGUGUACUCAGACGAUGAAGAACCGAAGGAUGAGAAUGCUCGCAAAAAUGAUUAAGGGCUUCAGUAGAAGCAUAUCUAUUUUUGUAUUUUACAGAAUCAUUUGUAACAUUCCAGUCUGUCCUUAAAACAUAGUGAUUGCAAUAUUUAGAGAAGUUUUAAACUCGCUGUAAAUUUUUUAACUAACAUCACUAGUGACCAUGGUACAAUUAACUUCUUUCUGAAGCUGCAUGGUAUGGCUGAAUGUCACGAAUGCAGAAAGUGCAGUGCAGUGCCGUACUGCAUAUACUGAUGAUGUUUUCCUUCCGUCUGUAGUUUAAGUACAUGCGGGGUUUAAGAUUGCUUUCCCUGAGAAACAGGUAAGGCUGGAGUGCUUCCCCAACAGGUAGAACUGUGUCACAUUCAACAGCACUAACAGCAAAGGAUCAAUGUUUAGUACUGAUGUUCUUGAAAGACAGAAAAUCCCUUGUUUUCUCAUUUGAUUUAACUGCAUGAUUUCUGUUUUAUCUACCUCUAAAGCAAAUCUGCAGUGUUCCAAAGGCUUUGGGAUUGAUUAAAAAGAGCUGUCCAGUAACAAAACGAAAUCCCACAGCUGGGCUUAGUUGAAAAACAGAACAAAACAUACACACAUUUUUAUCCACAUGUGGAUCCACACUCUCACACAGUAAUCUCCCGGUUAGGAUUACAACAGGAUUGCAACAUUUGGAAGAAAGCUUUGGGGAAAAAAAAUAAGCUGGCUUGCCUAAAAACCUAAAUAUAUGAAGAGGAUUACAGAUCCAUAUUCCCAAUCCUCAAGUUUGUGCUGGGGCAAUGGUUAUCUGGGUUUUUUCUUUCCUUUCCUCCCUCCUUCCUUCCCUCCCUCCCUCCUUCUUUCUUUCCUUCCUUCCUUCUUUCCUUCCUUCCUCCCUCCCUCCCUCCCUCCCUUUUUCCUUCCUUCCUUUUUUUAUAACACAAUCUGAUGAGAGAAGGGCAUCUAGAAUGGGAGCAGGUGUUUGACCUAAGAACCUUCAUGCACACCUCUGCAAAGUAAGGGAAUGGUCCAUGUCGCUAACCAAGUGGUCUUCAAAGUGUAUUCAUAAGGUACCAGUUGUUACGUCAUUACAAAACUAUAGUCACCACGGAAGUAGUAAUCAAGUAUGUCUAGACCUGUGCGAUCUAUCUUUUGGUUAACACUAAACAUAGCUUAAGUAGACUACAGUUGUAGGAAUUUGUAAAAGUAAAAUCUGAACAACUAGUGAAGUUUCAAACUUGUGUAACUGUAGUUAGUCAAUUGUAUAUUCUUGUGAACUGUUUAAUGGUUUUACCUCAAAUCAAAACAAAAUGAAGUGCUUUGGUCAGUUAAUAAAGUGAUUUUGCCCAA